UUUCUCCCGCCUGCCUCUUCGUUGUGCGCAUGUGCACGAGCUUCCGGCACUCGGGCGCCUCUCCUUCUGCUCAGUUUUGCCGCUCUGGAGUCCGACGCCUCGUUCUGCGCAUGUCUGUUCACGUUGGUGCUAAAGGCGCCUUUGUAGAAUCAUCGCUCGCUGCAGUUCGUCUGUCGGAGUGGAGCGCGUUUGCAGCAUUGGAAGAAGCCAUGAAAAAGGCUCAUUUGGAAAAACUCAUGACUGAUGUAUUUGGUGAAGAGUACAAGGAUGAAGGCGAAGAAGAGGAGCUCGAUAUUCUGGUAGAAGCAGAUCCCUUAGCAGAGCAUUCCCUAAAUUCCAAAAAAACCAACGUAAAAAUGGUCCGCCAUCUACGAGACUCUGAGAAAAUUAGCAACCGAAUUGAUCGAUUUGGUGUACCUGGCGGAAGUGUGGCUAAGAUGAUGGCCAGAGCACAGCGGUUUGGCCUUCUUGACUCUGGUGAUGCUGCUGUUUCAGAUCGAGUGGAUGAAGGCGAGGAGGAGGAUGAUGAUGAUGAGGAACUUGAUAUUUUGGAAGAGGAUGAUGCCUUCCCAGAGCAUAGUGUGACGUUCAAAAAGGUUGACCUGAAAACAAUCCAAUUCAUUCCCGAGGAUGAGAGGAUUAAACGGAGGAGCAAACGGUUUGGUGCGCCGGUAAGCAGUUUGGCAAAGAAAAUGGCCAGAGCUGUGCGAUUUGGUCUUCCUACUUUUGACGAUUCUGCCAUUUCACAUCCAGUGGCUGAUCAAGAGAGGUUCCGGAAGAGAAAAGAGCGUUUUGGAGCUGUGCUGGACACGGUGGCCAUCCUGGAUGAGCAGGUAAAGAAAAAGAUGCGAGCGGAGCGCUUUGGGAUGGCCGCCGGAGUGUACUGAAUGGCUCUUCAUCCCGACUGUGCUUGUGGUGCUCUUGGAGUGCCGGCCUUGUUUGGUUCGCCGAUUGCUCCCGUUAAGGCUCUUUGAUUUUCUUGAAUCAUUUGGGUUCUCGUUCUGUUGUAAACACUGUGGCCCAUUUUGAGUGGGGAUGUCACAAAAUAAAGGAGUGUGCAAAGUCUUUCACAUUUUCAUUUCCAUCUGCGUUACAGAAGUGAGGCGCUAUGACAAAGCGAAGACGCCAGAGUGCCCAUUCUGUCCAAAAGUCGUACCUUCUAAUGCCAGUGAGGCACACAAGGAUUCAGAGGUCUGCUUGUGUCAUUAACGCCACCGUGCAGCUCAGUAGGCCGAGGGUGAAACUGGUGACGUGUUGAUUGAGGACAAUAAGAAGAUAAUUCUGAGGACAGCGGGCUGCUCAGCUGAUGGUGGCCAACUGCCAUCCCUUCUCGAGGCUGUGCCCACAUUCCCAGUGUCCGUCUCUAGAUUUGUGUAAAAUCUCGCCGCACAGUCCUGUUUUACAUGUCGCUGAGACCAGCACUGCUUCACAAGGCUGUGACGCCACACAGCACAGCAGGACAUGCACACAGUUUGGGCACCAUGUCACUACUGGUGACGGACAGCACCGAGGACCCUCCGGUCGUUCUUUGUGGCGUUUGCUUUGAUUAUCCUGGCCAUUCGAAUAACUUUCUGUCUUUGUGUGCUGUUUAAUGCACUUGUAACUCCAUAUUUUAUGCUGAAGUUGUCUUGGCACAGUUAAAAGAUUCACGAGUGUAGGGGUCUUUGUAGCCUCUGACCUGCCCACCUUUCACACAGUGGAGUUCCCCACUUGCUUUCUGAGAGGGGCUGCCAGUCAAUCCUUCACAAAGAACACUCACACUGAGCCCAUGCCAAACAUGCCUCCUCUCGGCUGCCAGCUGUGCCAGAGCUCACCUGAGGUGCCCACCCAAGGAGCUCAGCGGGACCACAUCAUCCACAAAAAGCAGGCGGGCGGCCCUAGAAGUUCUGUCCAUAAAAACGCUGACUGAAACUGGUGACAGAGGAGUGUCGCCUGCCUGUCUGCCUGUCUUUGAGUUUGGCUUUGCUGCGUUUUGCCGUGUUGUCCGUUUCCUCCC